AUGUCGACCUCGCGCAUCAUCCAGCUGGCUCAGUUGAUAGCCUCUGAAACGCACACGCUAGACGAACACCUCAACGAGAACAAGCUUCCUCAGCCGUCUUUUGCAGCUGGAGCUCCAACCGAACCCUUCCCCCAACCUUCUCCAAGUGUGACCAAGGCGAGGACGAACGUGAUAGAAGCCACGAUAGAGCUUCGCCAGCUCUUGGAAGGCCCUGUUAAGCAGCUGUUGCCCGAGUCCAACUUCGCGCCUCUCGCCUCUGUCUACCGGUUCAACAUCGCCAAGCAUGUCCCCGUAGGCGGAACCAUCUCCUUCAGCGAUCUUGCGGUCAAAUGCAAACUUCUCGAGCACGACUUGAAACGCAUCAUCCGCCAUACCUCUAUCCACCACCGUGUCUUCGUAGAGCCGGAUGAAGGCCUUGUCGCUCACACCGCAGCAUCACGCUUAUUGGUCGACAAUGAACUGAUUGGCGACCUGAUGGGCCUGACCUUCGCAGAGUGCUGGCCAGCCCACGCUCGUGCGCCAGACGCCAUCGCCCACCGCAGCGAAGAACCCAACAUCUCAGGCUACUCCCUCGCCAACAACACAGACCUCAACAUGUUUCAAUACCUAGCUGAGCACCCCGACCGCGCCCGCCGCUUCGCAGGCGCCAUGUCCUCGACCUCGCCUGCCAGUCUCGAUGCCCUGGCCUCGCACUUGGACUGGGCGGCGUUUCCCCCAGGCACCACCGUCGUCGACGUCGGCGGCGCCCAGGGUCACGUCUCGGUGCACCUUGCGCGGCGCUUCCCGGGGCUGAACUUCGUCGUGCAGGACAUCCCUGAAGUCAUUGACGGCGCGGAGGGCAAGGUGCCUGAGGAGCUCGGGAGUAGGGUGAGUCUGGUUCCGCACGACAUGUUCAGCCCCCAGCCUGCGAGGAACGCGGACGUGUAUCUCCUGCGGUACGUGCUGCACGACUGGCCCGACAAGUACUGCAUCCGUGUCAUUGAGAACAUCGUCCCUGUGCUGAAGAAAGGCGGGAAAAUUGUGCUGCAGGAGCACGUGCUCGCGGAGCAUGGGUCGCUGGGGUUGUUGGCGGAGAUGCAGGUGAGGUCGAUGGAUGCGAUCAUGAUGUCGCUGUUCAAUUCUCGAGAAAGGACGGUCGCGGAUUGGGAGGAUGUGUUUGCGCGGGCGGGCAAGGGGGGUUUCGAUGUCAGUGUCAAGAGAGUGGAGGGGAAUGCAGCGACGGGGGUUGUGGUCGCGGAGUGGCGGGGGAGUGCGUGAGUAGCUAGCUAAACUGUAAACUGUGGUGCUUUUACAUGGUUGCCUUUGUUUAGGGAUCCGUCAAGGAUGCGAGCAU